UAUAUCAUCCCAGUAAACUCUUCCUAUAUUGAUAUUACCUCAGCUACUUGCUAAGAAUUUCCCACACACUAGAUUUACCUCCUACUCAACAAAUUUGACAUAACAGGAAAUAUUGUACCAUGCAGAUGAUGUCAGAACAUGUUAUGCUUCCACAAUUAAGGCUUCAUUCACUUGAAUUGUUUAUGCUAGACAGGGGCGUAGGCAGGAAUUUGCAGGGGGUUCGCAUGGUUAGCACUGGAUAAUAGUAGUCUUAAGGUCAGCAUGUAAGCUGCAAAGCAGCAGUAGUGACUAUUGACUAUAGUCUAUACCGAGUUUAAUCUAAAGUAGCGAGCUCUUUUAUCUAUGGGUGCACUGAGCUAGCUCUGCAGAAUCAGGUAGAUCUAGAUCUAUAUUCUAUAGCUAUAGCUGGCCGGCCAUGAGCAAGAGAAGGAUAAGUGUGAAGCCUAAGUCUCAAUCUAUCUCCUACUUUGAAGUAUCUCCUUCAAAACGUCGUGCUGUGCAUAAAAAGUCUCUCUCUUUGUCUGCUGUGCCAGAAUCCUCUUCUGUUAAUUCUUCCAGCAGUACUAGGUUCCUCUCCAGUGAUAAAAAUGAAGCUGAAGAAGUAGAUGUACAUGGAGCGAGCAGGCCUACUGAUGUUAUCAGUGGCGACUCUCCAGAUGUAUUAAUCAGUAGUGAGUGGCAUGAUCAUGAUCCAGAGAGCUCGGGGCAGGAUGACACCACUUUUCCAGACACGGUGAGCUCAAGUGCUUAUGAGAAGCGACAGCAGAAGGCUGCUGACAACUGGGCUGAAGUGCGUGUCCAGUUGCUACGUGCCAGUGUAGAAACCGGAAUUCCUUCCCCUUGUUCUGUGUGUGCCGAGUGUGAAGAACCCGCUGUUGCAAUUUGCCGGGAUUGUGGACCACAGGCAUACUACUGUGCCAACCAUGUGGACUCAUUACACUCUCUGACAAAUAUUUUUCAUCGACCUUUUCUCUGAAAAAAUGGAAUGCUUCACCCAUACUAUUUCAAGCAGUCAAGAACCUUUCCAGCACUUCAUUGUUGCUGUACAACUUACAUAAAAGAAGUUGUUUGUCUUGAUCCUAAAGGUUUCCAGCAUUGUGUGUGCGUAACCUUCUGCAAGUGUGAGCCUGAGGCUGUUACUCUUGUGCGGCAUAACAUGUGGCCAGCGACACCAGCAACUCCCACCCUAGCAUUUCAUCAGGAUCUGCUACUAUGGAUGGAGUCACUUUUGCUGGAAGGGUGUAUUGGUGUCGAUGCUUUUUGUCGUUCUCUUGAAUACAAAAUUGGAAGAGAUAUCAGCAAACAACUCCGGAAGAUCUAUCCUGUCAUGAUUGAUGCAUUUGAAGAAUAUAGGUUCAACAGAUAUCAACUCGACUGUCUUCUAUUUUUGUCUCCUGACUUGAACACUACAGCUAUCUGCCCUGCCUGUCCUCAGAGCAAUGGAACUCAAAUUAUAUCCAUGGAUGGUGUAUUUGGACUAUGUCGGAAAAAGUCUGCUGGUGUUAGUGUUCGACCACCACUCUUCUCUGGUGUAUUCUUUGAGGAACAGCAAGCAGUAGAUGAGUUUGUUGCUGAUUAUGAUACAUUUGGCCAGAUAAUCGACAAGGGGUGUCAUGAGUUCCUCGCUGGAGACACUUUGCGCUCCAAAUCAAGGUAUGCAGCUCUAGAUGAAACUGCCGUGUUUGGAAGCAUCUGUCGUCAUGAGUUUCCCCAAAGAUUUCUGAAUAUGAAGCGUGGAGAAAGACUAGCAUAUCCUGUGUACCUGCUAAAGAAGGCACACCAAAACAAGGGUGACAAGUGUCUGUUGUUACUGUAUGAUAUUUCCUGCUUACUCGAAACUCAUCUGAAGAAUCGUGGACAUCUUGACAUGUUAGAAAAGACAACAUUAGGAGUGCCAAUUUUUCAUGUCUAUGGGCAUUGUGCAUUCUGUCAGCUGACAUAUUCACCUAGAGUCCUAACUGGAUGCGGACUUACUGAUGGUGAAGCUAUGGAGAGACUGUGGUCAUAUCUAAGAAGAUUUGCUAAAUCCACCAAAGAAAUGCGACCAUCUCAUCGCAUCGAUGUCCUUACCUCAGCUCUAUUACAUUAUGCAUCAAGAGUACGUAUUAAUCUAGGGGCAUCGUUAGUCAAAAGGCUGAAGAACGCCCAAAACACUCAACAUAGUGCAACAGAGGACUUAUCAAAGCUAAUCAAUGAGUCAAAUGGUACACUGACGGAGUCAUCAGCUGAACAAUUGCAGAAACAACAACACGGGCUGUUCGCAAGGAGUCAAACUGAUCUGAGUUUCGGGCAACGUCACAAAACGUUUCAGAACAUCCUUUAUAUUGCUCGCGAGCGUAGGUUUUUAAUAUCUACCAAAGCGAGAUACGCUGAUGGUCAAUCGAUUGCUGCACGCCUUGCAAAGAAGAUAUCAUCAAGUACGAGUACGCUGAAACGAACAGUGAGCAGAUUUAAUGGUAUGCGUCAUGAUCAAUUUGAAGGAGUAGCAUACCAUCUGCCAGCCAAUUUGAAUUGGGAGACAGUUUCCAAUUUGGAAGAAUUGUCUACGUUGGAGGUCGCGUCGGCUGGAAAUUGUACCAUUCCCAUUCAUUUGUGGAUAAAAGUUGUGAGAGCGUGUAAUAUGAAGGAAAGGGCAACGGAAGAAGUGAAGAUGAUAAUGGAAGAAAUUAAUACUGUUGCCAACAACCUGAAAUACGAGCAUUCCGUAAUAAGUCGUCAUAUACAGGAUAUCGCCACAUCUGAUAGUCUGUCUCUGUUUCAGAAAGGUUGCCUUAACCUUUUGCACCGAAGAUUAUUACUGUGCGAAUCUUAUUUAAUUACGUUUUCCAGAACAGUUAACCAGUAUCAUACUGUAGAGCUACCUGAUACCAGCUUAUUAGGUCCAGAUGGUUCAUUUUUUUACAAUUGUCAAAUUCAUGAACAUGCAUGAUUACCCUUCCGUUACUGAUAUUAUUUGUACAGACAGUAGUAGUGAUGAUGAUUCUGACGUGGACAAUUGAACACUUAUCUUUUUUAUGUACGUAUAUACUUUAAUUAAUAAUUUAUUAAUCACACUUUAAUUAA